AAUGAUAAUAAAGAAAAGGGGAAAAGAAGUUCACGAGGAAACUGCCCAGAAAAAGGUGAAAAGCAGUGGGAGACAGAUUGUCCUUAAAAUUGAACAAGAUGAUCAGAGUGUCGUUAAAACUGAGGAUGAUAACUGGUUUGAGACAAAGGUAGAAACAAAAGCAAAUAAAAAGAAAAGUUUAAGAGAGGAUGAAUGUUUAGACCAAUUAAAACUGAAGAAGAAGAAAAACAAAAAAAAGAAUGCCUGCUCGGAGUUACAGGAAGAAGCACAUCCUCAAAGCUUGGUGAAUGUAGAAAGCCAUCUGGAUUUAGAACCACAAGAAACUAAGGAACAAAUUAAAAUCGUCAAAAAGAAGAAGAAAAAAGACCAACAUCAGUCCUCCUUACCAUCAGAGAAUAAUCAGAGUAGUGAUGUAGAUGAUCAUCAUGCAGGUGGCACUCAGGAAAAUGAAUUUGCUUUCAAGAAAAGCAGAAAGAACAUUGCUUUGAAUUUGGAAUGGGAUGGUGAAGUAACUAAGAAAAAAAAGAAAGGCAUUUGUUCUGUAGCAUUAGAGGACUACCAGGACAGUGAACAAAAACAAUCAAAAAAAGAUCUUAAAAAACACAAAAACAUGUCACAAGAAAUAGAUGUCACUCGCAAAAGCAGUGGAACAGAUACUGCCCAAAAUGAUGAGGAGAGUUAUGUGAGGAGAAAGAAGAAAAAGAAGAAAAAAGAUAAGCCAGUCUCGUCUUCACCAGUGACCUGUCCUCAGGACRACAUCCAUGGAGUUCAUGAUAGCCACAUUGCACUAAGUGACUUCAAAAAAAGGAAAAGAAAGAAUUCCCAGGAGUUUGCAUUCACAAACAAAGAGGAAGAGGAUAACACUCAAAGACCUGGAAGCUUUAGAGACACAAUGAAGAAGAAGAAGAAAUGCAAAGAUGCUUCCUCUUUAAUACCUGAAGAUAAUCAGGUCUAUGGUGCUAGAGUUCCUGAUGAGCAUCUUCCUGCCCAGCAAGAAGUUGAGCCUGGAGAAGAGGAGCUUUCUGGGAAAAAGUGCAGGAAGAAUAUCAAGGGCAGUAAUGAUGAAACCAAGAGGAAAAAGAAAAAGAAGAUUCAAAAAGAAGAGGAAGAAACAAUUGAUUCAAAAUUCGUUGAUGACAAAACAUCUAAAAGAGAUAGAUUAACGCUACCAGAAAGCAAUGAAAAGAACAAGGAGAGUGAAGCCAAACUAGUUAAAUGCAUUACAGGGGAUGCUGUAGAAAGGGUACUGUGUAAUUACAAUCCUCUGCUCUCUGACAAAAAUACUAAAAAAAGAAAAAAAACACAAAAGGAUUCUGCUGAAGAACCAGGUUCAAAACCAAAUACAAAAAAGAAAAAGAUGAAAAGAGAAAGCCCGGAAAAUGAGGCCUKGGUACAUAUGGAUGAUGUAACUAUCGUGCAGGAAAAAAAAGGAAACUGUGAUGAAAUUAAUAUAGACAAGGUGAGACGGCAAGCUCUGCAAGAAGAAAUCGAUAGAGAAUCUGGCAAAACUAAGGUUUUCAGUACCAAAGUGGAACCGGAUACAACGUUUGGCCAGUGGAGUACAGCUGCUUUUCAAAGUCCCGACCGAGGAAUGAAGUUUCUUAGACUGAUGGGGGGGUUUAAAAAGGGCUCUGUGCCUACCCAAGGUCUCGCAGCGACUGCAAACAAACCAAACAUGGCUCUGAACAGGGAAGGGGAGGAGAAGUUGCAGCAGGCCCUGAAAAUGGAAUUUGAUAAAGCAAUGGACUUGAAGCAACACAGAAGAAUUGGUCUUGGAUUCCAACCUGCUGCCAACAAAAAAGUGUACAUAAACAAAUACACAUCUAGAUCUAUAAAAUUUGAAGAUUAAGCUCUUAAUAUAAAAUUAAAAUUCAUCAUGCAAAACGUUUGCUUUUCC